GCACUUUCCUUCAGCAGGUGACGGACUGUGAUCAGAACCAUGGAGCCUCUCCGGGUCUGUAUCAUCGGCUCCGGCAACUGGGGAUCGGCCAUAGCCAAGGUUAUUGGCAACAACAUCAAGAAAUGCGCCAGCUUCCAGCCGACAGUGAACAUGUGGGUAUUCGAGGAGCUGAUCGAGGGCAGAAAACUGACUGAAAUUAUUAACCAGGAACAUGAGAACAUCAAGUAUCUGCCUGGCCAUAAACUGCCCCACAAUGUGGUGGCGGUGGCGGAUCUGCUGGAAGCGACGUCGGGGGCCGAUAUCCUGGUGUUCGUCAUCCCCCAUCAGUUCAUUGGGGGGGUCUGCGACCAACUGGCCGGGCACAUCAAGGCAGAAGCUUUUGGCAUUUCCCUCAUUAAGGGGGUGGAUGAGGGACCGGACGGACUGAAACUGAUCUCGGAGAUUAUUCGGGAAAAACUCGCCAUCGAGAUGAGUGUUCUGAUGGGGGCAAAUAUCGCCAGCGAGGUGGCCAACGAGAAGUUCUGUGAAACCACAAUCGGGUGUAAGAACUUGCAGCACGGACAGACCCUCAAGCGGCUGAUACAGACCCCAAACUUCCGCAUCACCGUGGUGCAAGAUUGUGAUACAGUGGAGAUCUGCGGGGCAUUAAAGAACAUUGUAGCGGUCGGAGCCGGUUUCUGUGACGGACUGGGCUUUGGGGACAACACGAAGGCAGCGGUGAUCCGCCUGGGCCUGAUGGAAAUGGUGGCAUUCGCCCAGCUGUUCUGUAAGAGGUCCGUCAGUACCGGCACCUUCCUGGAGAGCUGCGGGGUGGCCGAUCUCAUUACCACCUGUUACGGGGGGCGCAACCGCAGGGUGGCAGAGGCUUUUGUCCUCACAGGAAAGUCUAUUGAGGAGCUGGAGAAAGAGCUGCUGAAUGGGCAGAAGCUUCAGGGGCCCCAGGCGUCGCGGGAAGUGUAUAAGAUCCUGCGGCAGAACCGCUCGCUCCAUAAGUACGUGCCUCACCCCCCCUCACCCCCCAGUCACUCCAUAAUCGCUCAUAAGUCCGUGCUCACCCCCCUCACCCAGUCGUCCAUAAGUGUGCUCACCCCCCCUCACAUCCCCAGUCGCUCCUAA